GAUAAAUGCGCAAAGACUAUAAGCUUUGUUUGUGCUUAUUUUGUUGUCAAAUUCAAGAAAAUGGCCGCGAAACAAAAUUCCAUAAUAAGAGAAGCCCAAACUACAUCAGAUGAUAUUCCUCUGACGUCCCUAGAAGAAAGCUUACUGAGCUUAGAAAAACUGGACCGAGCUUCACCCGAGCUAUGGCCGGAGCAAAUCCCCGGUGUGUCAGAGUUUGCACCGUUGCAAAACCCUGACCAGUCGCCACCGUCGUGGAAUAAAGGUUUGACCAAAGAAGACUAUAAUUAUAUGCAACAACUUGAGAUGUUAACAACAAGUAGUCUCAUUAUGGAAGUAAAGAAACUUCAUGAUCUCGCUUAUCAAUUAGGAUUAGAAGAGGCCAAAGAGAUGACAAGGGGAAAGUAUUUAAAUAUAUUUGCAUCUAGGCGACAAAGAUAAUAACUAAUUGUUAAUAAUACUCAUAAAGGAAUACAUUUUUCGUUUUAUAAUAAUAAAAUGCUAAAAAAAACAUGAAAUUAAAUAUCAUGACAUUCGUUUAAUAAUA